CUCAUCAGCAGGUUAGUGAGAGCAGCAGCCACAGGAGGAAGAGGAGGAAGAAGUAAGGAAGAAAAAAAAUUGGAACGAGAGAAACUGUGUGGCUGCAGUCGGGAGCAACACAAACACAAGCAGGGAGGUGGAGAUCUGGAGAGAAGAGAAGAUUUCCCCUCCUCACCUCUCUGACCCAUGAAGGAAGCAAUGCCGGUUCUCACAGCUGGAGCAGGGCUGCAUGAAACACUGGCUCUGCUGACCUCUCAGUUGCGCCCCAAUGCCAACCACAAAGAGGACAUGGUCUUUCUGAAAGACGUCUUCAGUGAGAGGAGUUUGGGAUACUUCAUGAAGAUACAUGAGAAACUGAGACAGUACGAGAGACAAAGCCCCACACCGGUCCUCCACAGCGCCUCCUCUCUGGCUGAAGAUGUGGCAGAAGAGCUACAUACUGGACCAAUGAGCACAGAGGAGAAGGAACUGCUGCACCUGCUGAUGUCACCACAUCUGAAGGCUGUCCUCUCAGUGCAUGACACCGUGGCUCAGAAGAACUUUGACCCUGUGUUGCUUCCGCUGCCUGAUGAUUUUGAGGACGAGCUGGAUGAGGAGUCUGUGAAGAUUGUCAGACUAGUGAAGAACAAGGAGCCUCUGGGAGCAACGAUCAGACGAGAUGAAACAACAGGAGCAGUGAUCAUAGCCCGGAUUAUGAGAGGAGGUGCUGCAGAUCGAAGCGGUUUGGUCCAUGUAGGAGAUGAACUCAGGGAAGUCAAUGGAGUUUCUGUGAUCCACAAGAGGCCUGAUGAGAUCAGUCAGCUGUUGUCCCAAUCCCAGGGCUCCAUCACGCUAAAGAUAAUCCCAGCUAUCAAAGAGGAGGACACACUGAGGGAGAGUAAGGUAUACAUGAGAGCCUUGUUUGACUACACACCUGUGGAAGACAAGGCCACACCCUGCCAGGAAGCAGGACUUCCCUUCAAACUGGGGGACAUCCUGCUGGUUGUGACACAGGACGACCCCACAUGGUGGCAGGCCAAGUGCGUGGGAGACAACAAUCUGCGGGCCGGACUGAUCCCAUCCAAACAGUUCCAGGAGAGGCGACUGGCCUACAGGAUGAAAAUGGGCACGCUUCCGAAUCCAAAAUCCCCUAAAAAGCCUGCUUCUGAAGGAUGUGACAAAGGUCUCUUACCCAAUGCUUACCCCCCUCUCUACCCUGCAUGCCUCCUUACAGAGGACUGUGACUGUGAAGGCUAUUUCAAUGGACAGUACAUAGAAAGCCAGGCUGUAGUUUCUUCUAAGUGUAAAGCAGUGGCGCCCUCCUGUGGCCAGAUGUUUUCCUGGGAAUUUUAUUCAGCUGGUUUACGGAGGAGCUUCCGGUUGAGUCGUAAGGAUCGUCAGGAAUCAUCUGGAGAGGGCUCGGAGCUUGGAGAGUCAGAAUUUCUGACCUAUGAGGAGGUAACCCGCUAUCAGCAGAGGUCUAACGAGAGGCCACGCCUAGUGGUUCUGAUCGGUUCUCUUGGAGCGCGAAUCAAUGAGUUGAAGCAGCGGGUGAUAGCUGAAAAUCCACAUCGUUAUGCUGUAGCUGUUCCACAUACUACCAGGCCUAAGAAACCUCAUGAGAAAGAUGGUGUGGAGUAUCACUUUGUCACCAAGCAGCAGUUUGAUGCAGACACUUUAAACAACAAAUUUAUAGAGCAUGGAGAGUAUAAGGAGAACCAGUAUGGCACCAGUAUAGAGGCAAUCCGCUCUGUUCAAGCCAAGAAUAAGAUGUGUAUAGUUGAUGUUCAGCCUGAGGCCCUGAAGAGGCUACGAACUGCAGAGUUUAAGCCAUGUGUUAUAUUUGUCAAACCUCGAAUUCCCGAGAGCCGACGUCGCCGCAGUGCUGCCACCUCACCAGGAGGGGGAGAGCAUGGCCGUCUUACAGAUGAAGACCUCCAGGAAAUGCGUCAGUCUGCCUUUCAGAUCGAUCAGCAGUAUGGACACCUCGUGGACCGUGUGCUGAUCAAGGAGGACUCGGCCGGUGCUUGUGCCGAACUGCGAGGCAUUUUGGAAAGAUUGGAACGCGAUUCCUUCUGGGUGCCUCUCAUCUGGGUGCAGACCUAA